CGAAUUCUCGGGUGAUACUCCCGACGAGACACACUUGUCGCGAUUCGUCGACGAUUUAUUUCCCCCGGUCUCUCUGGGUCUCGGUACGCGCCGUACUAACCUGCGCUAGAGAGUACACUAAACUAUAUUAAAACGCCGAGAGAGAGAGAGAUAUAUAGGUUCGUGUAUACGAGGGAACACGGCCCAUGGAGGCACGCACACGCACACGCACGACCACCGAGCCCGAGAUUCGCCGACGGUGCCCGAUUAAGGGGAUGAUAUUCCUCAGCGAGAUAUUCCACCGCCAGAGAGGAGAUUCUGCGCGCGAGACUCCGCGUCUAGAUCAGAUGCGGAGGAGCCUUUUGCAUGAGUUUCCUCGUCGAGGCGAAUGACAUUUUAUACAUGAUGCUAAAGUUGAAUAAAUUCGCGUACAAGGUUAUACGAGGAUUCGUGCAAUGCGCGUGUGUGACGUAUUGCGUGCACGAAUACGUAGGAGAUAUCGUUGUGUGCAAUGGUCCAUCCAUGGAACCUACAUUAUAUACCAAUGAUGUAUUACUAAUGGAAAGAAUAUCAGUUAGACUACAAAAGUUGGAGAAAGGUGAUAUUGUCAUUUCCAAAUGUCCCACUAAUCCUAAACAAAAUAUAUGCAAACGAAUUGUAGGUUUGCCUGGAGACAAUAUAAGGAAUGGUCUGAAUAUAAUAAUGAUACCUUAUGGGCAUGUUUGGUUAGAAGGUGAUAAUAGUAAUAAUUCUACAGAUUCACGAGUGUAUGGACCAGUGCCUCAUGGAUUGUUACGUGGACGAGCUUUAUGUAAAAUAUUCCCUUUGAGAGAGAUAACUAUGUUCACAACAAAUGCGUAACUUAAAUCAAUCAGAAAAAUCUUUAAUGAUUAAGGAUUAUAAUUAUGGAACAAUUUUUAAGUUAGUUAGAUUAAUUUAAGAGAAAAUAAAGUUUCUUAAGUAUAUUGCACAUA